AUGUCUCAGAAGUUCACCGUUGCCAUCUGUGGAGGAGGUAUAGGCGGACUGGCCUGUGCCGUUGCGCUGGCGCGCUAUGGCGACAUCCAGGUCGAUAUCUACGAGGCCGCCAGCCAGUUUGCAGAAAUCGGUGCGGGCAUCGGUAUGUGGCCCAGGACGUGGAAGAUCAUGCAGAAGCUCGGGCUCGAGAGAGAGCUUGCCCAGGUCGCCAUCGUCCCUCCCGACUUGACCUCUCGUACGUCGCCUUUUCCCUCCCUCGCCUCGUCGCUGCCCGUUACCGACCUUGCGUGUCCACCAGAGGUUGCCUUCCAUUUCCGGAAGGGCGACCAGCCCGUGGGGGAAGACUUUUACUCCAUGUCUACGCCUGGCGGGCUCAUCACCUUCCGCCGCGCAGACUUCCAGGCCGUCCUCCUCCGCCACAUCCCCCCGUCCUGCCGCACAUACACCAACAAGCGCCUUGUCUCGUACUCCCAGUCGCACACGCGGCGCGCGUCGCUCGGCGCGCCCCCUCCCCCGAUUACGCUGCGCUUUCAGGACGGCACGACCGCGACGUGCAGCGUGCUCAUCGGCGCAGACGGCAUCAAAUCUGCAACGCGCGCCGCGCUCGUGCGCGAGCUCGCCGAGACGCGCGUGGCUGAGGGUCGCCUGCGCGAGGCAGACGAGCUGCGCCGAAUGGCGGCCCCGCGAUGGAGCGGAACAUGCGCAUACCGCGCGAUAAUCCCGGCCGACGUCCUCCGUGCACGGCUCCCCGGCCACCGUGUCCUCCACCAGCCCAUGAUGUACUUUGGGAAGGACACGCAAAUUACGGCGUACACGAUUGCGCGCGGCUCUAUUGUGAACGUCGCCGCUUUCCAUGCCGACUAUUCGCGGGAGGACACAACGUUCGAUCGUCCCUCGGUCGAGGAUGUGCUACCAGAGCAAGUGCUGCACGACUUUCGCGAUUGGGAGCCGGAAGUGCAGGCGUUGUUCCAGAGCAUACCAAAGUCGUCACGAUGGGCGGUACAUACGGUGGCGCCGUUGCCGUCUUUUGUCUCGGGGCGAGUUGCGGUGCUGGGUGAUGCGGCACAUGGAAUGAUGCCCUACCAGGGGUCUGGAGCGGGACAGGCCGUUGAGGACGGGUAUAUUCUAGCUGUGCUCCUAGGCCACAAGAACACUACAGCGGGUACUCUAGCACGCGCGUUGCAGGUCUACGACGCCAUACGACGACCAUUCGCACAGGGUGCGGCAGCGCGUUCGCACCUAGGCGGGCUGCUAUAUACCUUCAAUGCGCCUGGCUUCACACCGUCCGAGCUGAACGCAGGCGGUGCACCGAAGCUCGUCGAACUCGCGGAGCGCGUGCGCCAGAAUUUCAAGUGGGUGUGGGAGACCUCGCUGGAUGUGGAUGUCGAGCGAGCGGUAAAGAUGCUCGAGGGUGGGGCGGGGCCGACGACGCGCGGGCGGAGCCCGAUGGACAGGUGGCGAGGCGCGGCGCCGGUGCGCGUGUAG